AUGGGUCGAAGGAAGAUUGAGAUCAAAGCGAUCAAGGAUGAUCGGAAUCGUUCAGUGACUUUUCUCAAGCGAAAGGGCGGUUUGUUCAAGAAGGCCCAUGAGUUGGCCGUUCUAUGCUCGGUCGAUGUCGCGGUGAUCAUCUUUGGUCAGAAUAAGAAACUGUACGAGUACUCUUCAUGUGACAUGCAAGAAACUCUCGGUCGCUAUCAAUAUAUGGCUAAUUUGUCCCAAUCUUUCUUCCUCCAGUUCGGUCCACCCCAUGAACACAAAGGCCCUGAUGAUUUUUCUGGCAAGCGCGAUGACGACGACGACGAAGAUGAUAUGACCCCGGCCCCCGAGGAAAUUCAAGCCCAGCAGUCGCAUCCGGGAGUUCCCGCUCAUCUUCAACAACCAGGUUUCCAGCAUAUCAACCAUGCUCCAUCUGCCUCUCCGCCGGUGGCUCACAACGGUCUUCCUGGGAUGCGACAUGGCACACCACAGUCGCAGUCGUCUCGUCCCACAUCCCGGAACCACGUUCGUCGCAUCAGCUCGAACCUCGGACCUCAGGGCCAUGCGACGCCGCCUCCACCGCCGCCCCCGCCGCCCCAGAAUGGGUAUUACAUGGCGAACCCAUCCAUGUACAAUCCGAAUGUGCAUGGGCCGGUCAGCCAGGUUCGACAUGCAGGCCAGUACGCACAGUUCGGCCAAGCCCCCAAUGGCCCUCCCGGAAACCCAUCGCAGAUGCAUCCGCAACAUCCCCAGGGCCAACCACUGCAUCACCCUCACGCGCCACACCACUUUCAGCAUGUUCACAUGGUCACCCAGCAGCAGAUGGGAAUGCCAUCCGUGUCGCAUGCUCCAGUGCAGCAGAUUCCACCGCAGCCGUUUAUCUCGGAGCCAGGGAGAGGGUCGAUGCCCCCGGCGUUUGCACCAGAGUCGCAGUCCGAACGAACGGUGCCCGUUGUGGAGAACUCGCAGGAUAAUCCUGCAACUGUCGUCAAAACCGAGCACAGCCAAUCGCCGCCGCAGCCUCGACCCUUGUCCAAAUCGCAGUCUCGCAGUAUUUUCACCCCCAUCGACGACCGGGGCUCAGUCUUGGCGCGCCAAUUCGGAUUCUAUGACUCCCCGCAGAGCCAAAGCAACCAACUCUUAAAGCCCGAAUUUCCCCCGGAGAACGGCCAUGAGGUCAAGUCGGCUCCUACGAUCCCCGCACCCGAGCCGACGCGGUCGCUCUCCAGACCGACGGCGGUGGAUCUCAAGCCGCCAUCACGGUCCAACAGUGGCCCAUUGCCCUCAAAGCGGCCGCAACUCAAAGUGCAGAUCCCAAGCGAGCACUCCGACCAUGGUAGUGCUACAGGCGAGUCGUCCUCCCGCGACUCUGCUGGUCAGAAGACGGCGACCCCAGCCAAGGAUCCUCACCCUGCUGGAGUUGUACUUCCACCCCCGUCCCCCUCUGCAGGUGUUAUUCUGAGUGCCGGCGCACAAGGGCCACCCAACCCGUUUGCUCGGCCCCCUCCCCCAGGAUCGACAGGCCAGGCCAAUUUUGCCGGCAGUGGAACCGCCGCCGGAAACGGGAACAAUGGCUCAAACAACAUUGAAACUCCCAUCUCGGCGCUCCCGAGUCGUUUUGUUUCGGAUAACCUCCUCCCUUCGCCAUCCAGCUUUUUCCCCGAAUGGGGCUUUGGUCGCUCCGGCCCCGACUCGAACCUCCUGCCCAGCCCACUGACUUUCCCCACGCCGGCGAUCCCUACCGGGCCAAGUUUCUCUCGAGAAGAUGAGCAGGACAAGAAGCGAAAGUCUCCUGAUGGGGGCAGCUCUGCGGACGGGGCGAGCAAGAAGCCCAAAACUUGA